CUUUCCCAAGGCAGGGAUUGGGAGGAAAUACACUUUAAAUAUAUGAAGAACAUGAAGAUACAAGGUUACACAUUGAACGGCAUUAGCAUACAAGUUUCAAGGAAUGUUUCAAGGAAAAAGAGAUUGAGAGAUAUGAAAACAUCAGUGGAGAAGUCCAGUUUCUGACCUUCAGCAGUUUUGGUGCCAGCCAACAGCACUGUCCCCAGGGUGACAAGAGAAUUAUCUGUGCAACAUCUUUGCUGGGUUUUGGCCUGAUUUUACAUCGAAAGAGCUUAGACUGGACUCAAGAAGGUAACAGAGUGCACCAAGCUCCUGAUCUCAGAGUCUGAUUCAGCUCUGGCUGGAGUACUGGCUGUCACAAAACAGCUACUUGAGGAAUGCAAUUUCUUCACGUCUCUUCUGAUUUCACAUGGUGGUUCAAGGUUUAUGGAUUCCUUCAAGCUCUGUGGACAAGGCAGCAGCCAUUUCUCUGCUUCACCCAGAGGAUGUGGCUGUGGUUUCAUGAUCUUUCUAACACAUGGAAACCACCAGUGUCUGACAUCCAGGCUGUUCACUACUUUGCUGCACAUUGCUGCAGACCCAGCUAUCAUUUUGCCAUCCAACCACCAUCACUACAGUGUCAGGCAGCAGCCUGUCCUUAUGUGGGAUUAGGUGAUACUGGAACCACAGCUGCAACCUUCAAAAGAGGAACUUACGAGAAUGCUUAACAGCUGCAUAACCCAACAGAACCAUUCCUCCAAUGGCACAGUGCUGGACUCCUCAGAGAAACUCCACGCUGUUCUGAUAGUCCUGUACAUCAUUAACCUGGCUGGCGGCACCAUUGGGGUCAUCAUGAUGUCCCAGCAGUUGUUUCAAAGGAGAUCCCAAUCUGUGAUGACCAUCAUGAUCAUCAGCCUCCUGGUGCUGCACAGCUUCAUGCUCCUCAGCAUCCCCUUCCGCCUCAGCUACUACAUUUUGGGGGAGUGGAAAUUCGGGAGGUUCGCCUGCAGGCUGGCGGGCGCCAUCAUCUACCUGCACAUGUACGCCACCUUCGCCUUUUACGUGGCCAUCAUCGUAGCGCGCCUCCUCCGCCUGGAGUUUCGCAAGUGCUACACCGCGGCCUGGGUGGGGGCUGUCUGGCUGCUGGGAGCACUGGUGGUCACGCCUGUUCUCCUCUCCUACUACGGCACCUCGAAGACUUACCGCUCCUGCGAGUGCUUCCAGUUCCACAGGGAGCUGCAGGAGGCUCACAUGGUGAUCAUGAACUACUGCCUGGCUGGGAUUUUGGUGGCAGCAUGUGCUGUGCUCACCGGAAUCCAGCUGACUGUGAUCUAUAGAGUAGCCAUGAAAUACUGGCCUGACAUUAACUCUCACGUGGAAUUCAGGGCUCAGGCAAAGAGUUUCUUCUUCAUCUUGGUAACAUUAGUCUGCUUUAUGCCUCAUCAUGUGUUCAGAGUAUACUACAUCCAAAACUACGACCUUGAUAAAGACCAUAAACUACUACUAUACAACGAGGUUUUUUUAGCUUUAGCAACAAUGUGCUGCCUGGAUAUGUUGUGCUUCAUAGCAGGAAUAGCCCACUGAACUGUGAGCUACAAGGAAGUCCAGCUGCAGUGUGUCAAUACUGGCUUUUGAGAAAAACAAAAUUGUGUUGGGAUUUUCCUGAGCUAGGAAGACUGGUGAGUUUAUGCCAUGCCUGUAUAGGUCUACAGCAUUGUUUGGCUUUUGCAGGCCAGUAAGAUUCCUCUUUCACAAACUACUCUUUUUUACCUUCUCUCUAGAAGGCAGACACACUUGAGUCUUACUCUAGUCUUGACCUAAGAGUCAUGCCCUGAAGCUUCAUUAAGAUUUUCCUUAGCUGUCUUUCUCUAGCAAUUACAGCACAAGUAUCCAUUCCUUUGCAAUUUUUUUCUCAAAGUGUCUCAGUAACCACAAUCCAUUAUGGCCAGUAAGUUCUCUUCUCUGAAGGUCUAACUUCUUCUGGCAUUGUGAUACUGAAUGGAAGAGCUGUAAAAUAUAAAUUCCUUUACAGGAUAUUUGUACUAGUGAUUUUAGAUAGCAAGGACAUAAACUCUACUCAGAUGAGAAGUAUUCACAGAAUCACAAAAUGGGUCAGAUUGGAAGAGACCAAUGGGUCAUCUGGUCCGACCUCCCUUUGUAUAAUUUAUACAAAGUAUAUAUUAAAUUAAAUUAUGUGAAAACUCAUUAUUAUCAUAACUUUGUCUUUACUUGUGUCAUUUCAAAUCCACAAGGAGCUCUGAAUUGUGAUAAUUAUAUAUUUAGAGUAAAUGAGGGCAGAACAGGAUUCAAAACUUCUGCCUUUUGUCAUUCUCCCAUCAGGACUGGAUCUGUUACCUCUUAGGUCCAUUAUAGCCAAAAAAAGUUGCUGUUCUUUCAUAACUGGAUCUGGAAUUCAGUGGAGGGGAAAGAUCAGACCCUCUCCAGGAUGGGGAAAGACUUUAUUAGCCUUCAAAACCCUUUGAUGUCUGGUCACUUUCAGUUGUCUGUUGAUUUUGUUAUCAGAUGCCAUAUUUUUUCCAUUUACACACAUAAAAAAACAGAACCAGAACAAACUUACUGAGCAGUGCUUAAUCAGUUCUGCAUAUGCUUGUGUAUGUGUAUACAAACUUGUUCUGAAGUAUAUCUUUUCUCCAUUAGAUAGAUAAUAUUCUGUGGUAAUCACAUCUGUUUUGGAAUCUCUGUUCUAUCUUCAUGAUUUAAAAGUUCUUUUUAAUGAUUCAUUCUUCCUGUUCUGCUCAGUGCAGAAGGUCUCUAACCCCUCUGUUGAAGGCCCCACAGUCGUCUGCUGCAUCCCAGCAGCUUGAGGCCAGAUUUCUCCCACCCCACACUCCUAGGAGUCACUCGAGGAUACACUUCCUUCUUCACAGCCCUAUAAGUACCCAUAAUUUUUAGUCUGGAAAUCCUUGCUACAGAAACUGCUAUGAUCCUGGACUGAAACAGAUAAAAGCUUGAUCUGGGAGGAUAAUAAGGUACACUUACAAAGUAAUGCUACUAAUACCUCAGAUUGAUGGCAUUUCUUUGAAU